AUGGCCCCUGCACAGGCUGGAACAGGCGCCAACCCAGCUCGUUCCGCCCACACCGCUUCAUCAAUCCGCGCUCGCUCGAGGCAUGAUCCGGCAGACCCACAGCGCAAGACGGUAUACAAGCCUGUGCUUGUCAAUCCGCUGGCGGUGCAAUGGCCUCCCCUCCCGGCUCCCGUUCGCCAGGCAAUUCUCGAUGAGCUGCUGGCUCUGCUUGACUCGGCGAAGAGUGAGAAUGGCAAGGGCAUAGCGGAGUGGAGGUUGGACGGGCAUAUGAGGCGGAAGAACAACUUAAAAGCGGUCAAAGGGAAGGGAAAGGCGAAAGGAAAGGGCAAGGUGCGCGCAGGUGCGACGGUGACGGGCGUAGAGGCGAGAAAGGACGAGGGCGCGCCGUUUCGCGAGACGCACGACCUUACGACUCGCUCCUCCUCAACCUAUACCAUCCCGAUCUCGACAACUCACGCGUCCCCCUCCACCUCGACUUCGUCCGCGGUGAUGUCCGACUCCGCUGCUCCUUUUCUCGACAACCUCGUCAUCGGCAUCAACGAAGUCACUCGCGCUCUCGAAUCUCGCAUGCGCUGGGAACGGUGGGAACUCGGCGACGACUCCGCCGCGCCGCCUUCGUCCUCCAGAAAUCGCGACGGCGCCGUCGAGGCAGACGAGUCGGCGAUUCGCGGACGCCAGAGGCGGCACAAGUCGAAGGCGGAGAAGGACGGCGGAGAAAAGACGGUUCCCUCGGCGCUGCCCUCGAGCGACAGGCGUCUCGCAGCACCGCCGACUUUGAGAGAUCAUCCGGCGUACGCUUUUGUCGGCAAUGCGGGAGGACGACGAGUUGCUGAGAAGGAGGUGAAGCCGGACUAUCUCAUGAAAGGAAGGGCGGAGGGCGAAUGGCGGCUGCUGGUCAACUCGGAGAUGCGGAGACUGCGAAGUUCGCCCGGCGACUCGAGCUCGACCAGAUCGCCGAAUCGCGAGACGCAGAGCGCAGCUUCGGCCGGUCCCGCCUCUUCCGCCCUUCUUCCCACUCAGCCUUCCCAGCCCACCGUGUCUGCCUCACUCGUCCUCGACGAAGCGCGCUCCAGUCUCGCUCGACCGACAGUUCCUCUCAUCGACCUCGUCUUCGUUUGCCGGCCCGACAUCAACCCUCCCUCGCUGGUCGCCCAUCUCCCUACCAUGGUCGCUGCCGCGAACGGUAUUCAGGAGGCGCUCGACUCGGUUCACGCCUCCUCUGAUCCGGCAAAAGAGGCGAUGGUCGUGGAAGAUGACGAGCAGCGUCAGGGGAAGAGGCCAGAGAUGCGGAAGGUGCUGCUUGUCCCGCUUGACGUCGGUGCCGAGAGACGGCUAGCGGACAAGCUGGGCUUGCGAAGGGUUGCUGCGAUUGGUCUUUCGUCUCUGCUGCCGUCCGCCGCUUCGCUUUUCGCCCUUCUCUCGUCGACGCCGUCACUCACCACUCUCUCCGCGCCCUGGCUCGUACCCCAUCUCUUGCACCCCGUAUCUUCCGCCUCGCCCGCCAAGUCGCUCUACCAGCCCACUACGAUCAAGCACCUCAAGACGUCUGCGCCGCUCAACCCGCGUGCAGAGGUGACGAGGCGCAAGGAGGAGAAGCGGAAGAACAAGGGCGAGAGGAAGGAGCGGCGAAAGAAGCGGAGAGUCGGAGAGGGUGAGGCGGAAGGAUUGUAUGUCGCCGAGGACUGA